AUGAAGGUUUGUACAAGAGUGGAAAUCAAUGCACCUGCUUCGGUCGUUCGCGAAACGCUACUCGAUUUCAGUGGGCAUGCCAAAUGGAACCCAUUUUUUACCUCAAUUGUAUUGUUUGAACAUGACGGCCAUGAUUUAAGUUCCCAGAUUAAGCCUGGCGAUCGCUUGGAAGUAACAAUGAAAGAUAUACGAUCUGGAAAAGUCAAUAAGUUCACACCAACCGUUCUCGCUAACACUGUAAACAAGUUUAAGUGGGAGGGAUCUCUUAUUGGGCAAUGGUUUUUCUCAGGCAUUCACACGUUUGAGUUCCAGGAAGAAAACGGCGGUCAGAAAUGUACAUUGUUACAACACGAAACGUUCUCGGGUGUAGCUCUGCCGCUACUCAAACCUGUUUUGGGCGGAGCUCAAAGAAACUUUGAAGCCAUGAAUAACGCCUUGAAAAAGGCUUGCGAGAGUCAAGAUGAGCACAAAUGA